UUACGUUUAAGUCCAACGAAAUGUCACUUUGCAAAAAGAGAACUUAAAUUUUUAGACUAUGUUGUUAGCCCUGACGGUGUAUCUACUGACCCCCAAAAGGUGGAAGCUGUUCGUAGCUUUCCUGCCUUAAAAGAAAAGCUCACCACGGCCCCCGUUCUUGCCUACCCUAAUUUUUCACAAGAGUUUUUGCUUUUCACGGACGCUUCGAGAAUCGCUCUUGGCGCAAUUCUUUCAGAGAGAUUUGCAAGGAAGAGAAAGGGACGUCUUACUUGCUGGAUUUUGGCCCUGCAGGAAUAUACCGUUACCGUCGUUUGCCGUGCCGGAAAAUUUCAUUCUAACGCUGACAGUUUAUCUCAUAUUGCUAAAUCUUCUACUACAACACCUGCCGAUUUUUGA